AUGCCACCAAUGAUGAAAAGCACAGCGCGACGUGGCAUGGGUUGUGCCGUUUGUAAGAAACGCAAGAUCAAGGUACGUAACCGGUGGUCUGGCUGGGCAUGUCCAGGGCCCAAGGACCAGACCAAAGUCGAUGUCGUUUUCCUCUAUCCUAGAAUAUCAACCAAGCCCGACAGCGCCGGAACUUCUCUACGCAUCCAACAUGGAAGGCGAUUCAGCUUGGGGUCUAGCAAUCGCCUAAUCACCUUAUCGUCGCCACUCUCUGACCGUGCAAUGUGUUUCUUCCUUUAUCAUUACGUCCUCGGGAAUACACUCUGGUCCGAUAAGAAUUUCCCACAGGGAGUGCUUCAGUAUCUUCCUUGUCUGCUUCGACAUGAGGGACCUACGGGGCUUCUUAACACCAUCAUCUGUGCCUCAGGACAUGCGGCCUUGUCAAAUUCUCGAGCUUCGGGUCCGCUGAAGGAGGAAGCAUACCGCCUCUACGGCAAAUCUAUCCGGCAAUUGCAGACAGAUCUUCAGGAUCCAAAAAAAGUGAAAUCAGAUGCAACAUUGGCGGCAAUUCUUCUUAUGGGUACCUUUGAGGUUAUUGCAAAUACGAAUCUUCGUGCCAUGGGCUCGUAUACUAACCACAUUUUUGCUGCUGGACAUUGUGCAAUAAUAUGCCAUCAAUUACAGGAGCCUAUGCCACAUGCGCUAGAAGAGUGGUCUCGGUGGUCAGAUCCUACAGGAAAGAAUGAUGAGUCUUUGCUCAACCGCUUCACUGAGCUGAAUGGGCGCCUCGCGGCUGCUCGAGCAAGCAUUAAGCGAUCCAAAAUACGCGACCCAAAAGAGAUAGCUCGGCUGCUUCUUCCGAUAGAUCAUAUGCUUGAAGACUGGAGCCUUGGGUUACCUGACUCAUGGCAAAUAAAAUCUUACAGACUGCUUGACGGAAAUACUAGUUCCAAAACAGUUUAUGAAAACGAGUAUCACACCUACGAAGGUAUGUGGGUUGCGUCUACCUGGAACAACUUGAGGAUGAUUCGUAUUACGAUUCAUGAGACAGUAAUGAUUGCGACAAGAAAAUGUGGCUUGGAAAUGGAUCAAAAGUCUGCCCAGCACUCGAUGCGAGUCUUGAAAAGGCUAGCAAACGACAUUUGCUACAGUAUUCCUUAUGUCUUGGGGUAUCGCGGAAUUGGAUCACAAUCUAGCCCUGGGUCUAAUACAGGAGAUGGAAAAACCAGUGGGCUGCCUGCACCUGGGGGCUACUUGCUACUAUGGCCUCUGUUUCACGCCGGUUCCUCAACAGCGGUUGCAUCCAGCCAGAAAAGUUGGAUUGCAAAUAUGCUGCGCGAUAUUGGGUCUUAUAUGGGCAUCCAACUUGCCAAUUCAAUGGCAAGCAGAGUAGAAGAUCAGGAGGUUUCAUAUGCUAAGAACAUGUGCUGGCUACUUGGAGACUUCUAUCCGUGCGAGUAG